GAAAGCAGAGUAAGAAGCGUGUUGAAUGCAAGGGGAUAACGACUAACGCGAGUCAAUUUAGCCGCUCGUUUCAUUAUCCAUUGAGUAUGAUUACUUAUUGUUUUAUCGUUUAAAGGAUUAAGUGAACACUAACUUACCGAUUUUUAAACUUGACAUAUUUCCGCAUACAAGCUUCGAAAUUUUACGUCGUUAUACAGCUUGUUUUCCCCCACCCCAGGCCGCAGCCAUGAACGAGAACGACUAGAGCGUAUGUAUAGGGGAUUGAAUCUUUAUGGGGAAUCGGGUCGAAUGAAGGGGGGAAGUAGAAAUUAGGGAAAGACAGCACGAGUCGUAGAGAACUCCAUCCAGUAAUAGCUUUUAUCCACCGCUGCGCUGUCAAUAAGCACUAGACACAAAGAUACAAUGUCGCCACUUUUGCGCACUACAUCAACCUCCUCGAGUUCGAACAACGUGCAAACUAAUUCUAUGUGAAUACUGUUUUAUUUUUUUUUAAUUUUUUUCCACUUGUAUUCGUUUAUACGACCCCUCCCGCAAAAGGAACAGACCCACCCUUAAUCCAAAGACAUCGAACAACCAUGCGCGCUACUGAGAUCAUCGUCCCUGUUAAACUUGUAUCUAACGCGAUGCUGGCGCCAUGUAUGGUGUGAUAUGUAAAUAGUAUUCCUGGUGUUUCCAAUCGGGUGAUCGAUAUGUUACUUAAGUACUGGUUUCCGCUUAUAAUCGCGGUUUUCAAAGUACAAUAUUUACCGCCAUGGAACUUCCCAUAAUAGUUAUGCCUCUUUCACAAAUGCGUAAGAAAUCUGAGAUCUACACUUAACAGACGAGAAAGUUAAUAUAUUGACAUUCUAAAGGCAAACGAAUGCAUAAUGACAAGUGACAUAUAAGCAACUAUAUAGGUGUUCAUUUUGCUUGUGCUUAACAUAUGUUCAUUGUAAUCUUGCUUAAUAUUUUUUAAUGUGAUUACAUUGAAAAGAUUUGAAGCAUUUUGAAAAAUGCAGUACGUAUAGCAAAUGCAUUUCAUGAAAAUGAAAAACACAUAAGUACAAUUGGUGCUAAAAAUGAAUUGAUAUUAUUUAGCAUUUUAUGGUAGCGAUCAAUUUUUACCUGUAAUUAACAAUAACAUGGUGCAAUUAAGAAACAGAAAGUUUAUGGAAAUUUUUUGUUGAUCACAUAUAUCACAAUUUUAUAUACAUAAUUCGAAAUAAUGGACAACCUAUCUGAUUCAUUUAAAGGGGAUGUAGAUUCUUUUACAUCAACGGAUUCUUUGCAAUUAAUAACGGAUGAAUUUCGUAUUAGGCAUUUAUCAACACCCGACGUAUCUAAUACAGAAUUAUCAAAACGUGUUGCAUUAUUGGAAUUAGAAAAUGAACGGCUUAGAGUUGAUUUAGACAAUCUACGUAUUGAACUUAAUGCCAGAAUUGCAGCAAAUGAAGGACUUAAAGGAAAAAUUAUAGAGCUGUACGUAGAAAUGCAAUCGGUACUUCAGGAAAAGCAAAAAUUACAGAACACUCUAACUGAUACAUAUAAUCGUUUAGAAGCAGCUGAAGUAUCUACGAAAUGGUAUCAAUCUCAAGUGCAUAAUUUACAAGCAAGCAAAAAAACUUUGCAGUUGGAAAUUGACACUUACCAAGGAAUAUUACAACAGAGACAACAAACUAUAAUAAAUAUAAAUACAAGGUAUAAACAAUUAAAUGUGAAUUAUACUGAUCUUCUUCAAAAACAUCAGAAGGAGAAACAAGGUUUGGAAUAUGAAGUGCAGAGCUUAAAAACACAGAAUCAUUCAAACAGCAUUGCGAAAACUACGGAUAAUAAUGUAUUAUGUACUCCUCCGGAUAUAUCUACAAAAUUAGAAUUGACAGAGGAUGAACUACGAGAAACUAAAGCAGAAUUAAAAACUUUAGAAAAACGUCUUUUAGGCAAUGAAGUGUCUAAAAUGCUAAUGGAAAAUGCAUUGACUAAACAACGUCUAUUAAUUUCAUCUAUGGAAGACAAUAUUCAGAAAUGUGAAACUGAAAAAAAUCAAACUGCUGAUACAUUGCGCAAAACUGAAUUUGAAAUUCACAAAUUGAAAUCUGAAAAUGAAACGUUGCAAACUACUCUCCUUUCUUCUAAGCAGGAACAAAGUCAGAUAGAAGAUGCAAUUUUUCAGUUACGACUGCAAUUAACAAAAAUGAUUGCACAAUAUAAACUUCUGAAAUCAAAAAACAUAGAAGCAGAAGAAAAAUUAAAUUCGAUGCAAGACGUGAUAAAUGAGAAUAAGCGGUUAAAAAGUUUAUCGUAUGAAGCUAACUGUGCACUUAUUAGGAAACUUCGACAAGAGAAACGUAAAUUCAAAAAUUUGGAAAAUAAGUUAUAUGGCGUGGAAAUGAAAGGACGAUUAGAUGAUAUGAAAAAUAAAACUGAAAUUUCCUUGCGCGAGUGUCUAAAGCAGGUUUUAAUGAGAAAUAAAGAUUUAAAAGAUCAAUUGAAGGCACUAACAAAAACUUCAGAAGAAAGUAUUGAUGAAGGAUAUGGUGAUAUUAGCAUUACUAGUUCCAUUUUUGUAGACAUUCCAUCUCCCAGUUCCAUUAAUCCAGUAUUAUUGAAUACAGCUUCUAGUGUUCUCUUGAGAAGUAAAGACUUUUGUAAACCAAUGCAAAUAGAACUUGAUCAUUUACAACUAAAGUUAAACAAACUAAGAGAAGAAUGUAUUGCAUAAUAUUAAAUUACAAAUUGUAUAAAUAUUUAUAUUUUUAAAAGUAUUAUUUUAAAUUGUAUAUUAAAAUAAUAAGAUAUUAUAAAAUAUGUAAUAAAUGGUGGCUGGACAUGGAAAAUAACACAGGUUAAUGUACAUAUUAAAAUAAUUAGACAUGUUAUUUUAAAGUAUUAAUUUAAUAUUAAAUAAAAGACUUAUUAAAAGUUAUAUGAAGCGUAAAUAUAUCAUGUUACAUUAAAUCACAUCAUUGUUACCUAU